AUGGCGCCUCCCCCUCACCCCGAGAUCCCCGCACGCGGAAGGCCGGACGAAGAGGACGAGGAAGACGACUACAUGUCCAUGGUCAUUGAAGAGCCCCAACAGAAGGAAACCUUUGCGCAAAAGAAGCGGCGACAGCAACGAGAGGCCGAAGCGCGAGCCAAAAUUCCGUCCAAGGCCGAGCGCGCUGCCCAAGAAGCUGCCCGUCGAGAUGCCGCCUUAUCCACCAGUACGCUUGAUCCCUCCAACAAGGGAUUCCAGAUGAUGGCCAAACUGGGCUUCAAGCCGGGACAAGUUCUGGGCAAACCUGCUGCGCCUCAAGACGGGAAGGAUACCAACACCAACACCCCCGACGACCCGAACUUGCGGGGCCGGUCCGAGCCCCUCAAUUUGAUUUUUAAGGAGGAUCGGGGCGGUAUCGGUCUGGACACGGAGCGGAAACGCAAAUUUCUCGAAGAGGCAGAAGAAGUAACGAAGAAGGUUAAACAAGAAGAGGGAGAUUACCGCGACCGGGUACGGUUGGAGAGGGAGACGCGGCGACUCGAGGCGCAGUUCCAUGCUGCGCAGAAGGUUGCAGAACGGCUAGAUGCCGAAGCAGAGGCUGAGACGGGGCCAUCCCUCCAGCCGCAGGAAGGGAAGUCGGGCGAGACAGAGGAUCUUGGAGGAGACGAGGGAGAGCCACAGGGAGAUGAUUCGGGCGGCGAGCCAAGUCCGAAGAAAGCUAGAAGGCCGGUCAAACCAACCUCCCAAAUCAACAUCCUCUAUCGGGGGUUGGUGAAGGAGCGAGAGGAGAAGGAACGUGCCGUGCAGACACGACAUAUGUUACAGACGUCGCUUCCAUCGUCCUUUUUCCCUAACCCACAACUACCGGGGUAUGAUGACUCGACUCUCGAUCAAGAUGACCAGCAGGCACUUGGGGGGAGACGGGAGAUGGCCGCGAUUCUUGAACAAGAGUUGGAAGAAGAGGACCCGGAAUUGGACGAGUUCAAUGCGCUGGAGCCGGGCGAACGUCUGACCCGACUGGUUCAGUAUCUGCGCGAGAACCAUCACUACUGCUUCUGGUGCAAAUAUCGGUACGAGACGGCAGAGAUGGAAGGGUGUCCGGGAGUGACAGAGGAAGACCAUGACUAA